CUUUAGAGAAAUUGUCCGAUUAUCACCUGUCAAGUCUAUAACUGGUUCUGACUUAAAAGACAUGGUGUUACAAACAACAUUUGUACUAAAAUGUGGUUUUACAGUUGUUACUGUUAUUACUGAUGAUAACCGAAUAAACCAGAAAAUGUUUAAUCUGUUUGUGAGUCAAUGAAAAACCCAAUAAAUGAAGAUUUAGUGAUAUAUUUAACAUAUGAUUUUGUUCAUGUUUUUAAAAAUAUUCGGAAUAAUUGGAUUAAUCUAAAAAAUGAUAUGAAAACAUUUGUAUAUCCUGAUUUUGAAACUAAUGAAAUAUCAUUUGCCUCUUUCAAACACUUAUGAACUUUAUAUAAUGAAGAAAAAAUUAAUAUUAUUCGCAAAGCUUUUAAAUUAAAUAGAAAAACAUUGAACCCUACUAAUUUUGAAAGACAGAAUGUUCUUUCAGUAGAUAAUAUUUUUCAUGACACAACAAUUGAACAAUUGCUGCUCUAAAAACUAAACCAGGUUGUGAGGGUACUGUUAACUUUUUACAGAUUAUAAGAAGGUGGUGCGAUAUUGUUAACACGAAUAACACUUUAAAGGCCAAAUUAAAACGAAAAGAUAAGUGGAGUGGGCCGAUUGUAGAUAUAAAUGACAAUAAACUUAUUUUUCUAAGACAAUUUAUAAUUUGGUUAGAAAACUGGCACUCUCUUAAAGGAGACUUGGUUGGAAAAUUAACAAAUGAUACUUUCCAAGCAAUGCAUCAGUGUACCUUAGUACUUAUUAAAUUUAGUGAAUAUGCUUUAACAAAAUUAUCCAUAUCUUACAUUUCAUCAGGGAAACUGCAAACUGAUAAUUUGGAAAGAAGAUUUGGAGAAUACAGGGGACUUUCAGGUUGUAAUUAUAAUGUAUCCUUUAGGCACGUAUUAGAAUCAGAAAAGAAAAUUCGAAUUAAUAAAUUAUUUCAUUAUAUAAAAGACAAUAACUUACCUCUAACGCUUAAUAAUACCAAACAUAGUUCAGAACAGGCUGAACAUAAUUAUACGUGUCUUUUUUUCCACCGGUUUGUUGCAACCGUUGCGGCCUUGAACGUUUUGCGUUGGAUUCGAUACAUUUUUGGUUGACCGUUGAAAUAAAUAACAGUUGACAUACCGCACCGAUGCCAACGUUGCUGCAACAGUUGGAUAAAAAGACACACGUUAUGCUAAUACUUAUGCAGUUAACUGUUCAGAAUUUUAUUCAGUAUUUACAAAAAUUGAAUUAGAAUCUAGGGAGAUAGAUAAUUCUGUACAAGAAUAUAUUUGUGGUUAUGCUAUUCAUUCUCUUAUUUAAUGUUCAAAUUGUCCCAAAUGUUUGUGUCUUCUCGUGGAAUCGAAAGGUUUAGAAUUUAAUGAUAUCUAUAAUGAUCAUUUGCAGAGAGGAGGUUUAUAUAAAGCUACUGCUUAUGUUAAAACAGUUUUUUUUCACACGAGUUGCAUUUUUCAAACUAUACUUGAGAACACUGAUUUAGAAGAUAAAUUUUUUAAAUGUGAAAAUCAACAUUCAAUAGCAGUAAAGUUGACGCAAAUAAGUCUGGAGGCAAAUUAUUUUUUUAAAGAAUUUAAUGAUGAAU